AGACCGCUUACAAAAAUUUACACCGCAAAUAUCUUCCAGUAAAAAGACGAAGGCGAGUCUUUAAUUUUUUUUGUAUGUGAUUCUUCCUUUUGGAGGUUAAAAAGAUGUGGCCUGUGAGAUACGAUUGGAUAAAUCAGUAAAGUGGCCUUUCAUGAAUCUAAGAAGUUCCGAUACUUAUGUAACCGGGGCCCGACAGGAGACAUAGACGUUUAGGCAAUUGUAAGCGAUUUGUUGCGUCUAAACCGGACUUCAACUAAGCAUAUCGCUUGCCCUUAAAAAGAUCCAGAGUUAUCGCUUACACAUUAUUGCCAUCGUGUUUACGUGCAUAUUAUAAUCAUGAAGCUCUAUUGUCUUUCCGAUAAUCCUAAUAAGCCUUGUUACGUGUUAAAACACAAAAACUCUUUAGUAAUGCUGGAUUGUGCAUUGGAUCUGAGUUCGGUGAUGAGUUUUGUUCCAUUAACGAUGGUGCAUUCACCUCGUUUGAGCCAGUUGGCUGCAUGGACCGCAAGAGAUGGGGUGCUAGAAGAUCAUAUUGAUUUUCGGGAAAAUAAUGGCAGGGCAUUUAUAAACGCCGAACCAGAAUUUCUGCUUCCUGAGUUAGGUCUAUUGAAUAUUGGUGACAUCGAUGUCAUUCUCAUAUCCAACUACACCAAUAUGCUCGCUCUUCCCUUUAUUACUGAGAACUCUGCUUUUAGGGGAGAAGUUUACAUGACCGAACCUACAUCGCUGAUAGGCCGUUUAUAUAUGGACGAACUUAUCGAAUAUAUUGAGCGAUGUCCAAAACCAAAAUUAGCUAAUAAAAUUUACAAGGAGAUGUCGUUCUUUAAGCAUCUAGCCGCGUUUAAUACAGACGCUGAAAAAGUGCCAUCAUGGCAGGAAAUUUAUACAACAAAAAACGUUGCCAGCUGCUUAAUGAAAGUGAAGACAGUUGGAUUCAAUCAGAAGCUUUCGGUGUUUGGUAACGUCCAUGUUUCAUGCGUGUCCGCCGGGUUUUGCGUUGGAAGUUGUAACUGGAUUAUACAGUCGGAUCAGGAAAAGAUCGGUUACAUGGCAUCGUCAUCAACGUUGACCACGCAUCCAAAGCCGAUAGAGCAUCAGCCCCUUCGUGGGAUGGACAUGCUGAUCAUGACCUCGCUUACCCAAACACCCCUGGCCAUACCCGAUACCAUGCUCAGCGAAAUGUGUCAGGCCGUCGAGCAGACCUUGAAUCGAGGCGGUAAUGUUCUGAUUCCUUGCUAUUCAGCAGGGGUUGUGUACGAUCUCUUUGAGUGUCUUUCUGGCCAUUUAGAAAGUCGGAAUUUGUUCAAUACGAUGUACUUUGUAUCGCCUGUAGCCAACAAAAGUUUAGCAUACUCGAGUAUUCUGGCGGAAUGGUUGACCUCGUCAAAACAACAACGAGUCUAUGUUCCCGAGGAGCCGUUUCCACAUUCGCAUUUAAUGAAAUGCGGGCGGCUUAAGGUGUAUGAAAGUAUAGCAGACGAAGCGUUCAUGAAUGACUUCCACAUACCGUGUAUUGUAUUCGCAGGGCAUCCAUCAUUACGAUUUGGCGACUCUGUGCAUUUGAUGGAGCUAUGGCAAAACGAUCCUAACAACGCCGUCAUAUUUACUGAGCCAGAUUAUAACUAUGUGGAUGCUGUCGCCCCAUUUCAGCCUGUAUCAAUUAAGGUAUUGUACUACCCAAUUGAUACAUCUCUCAGCUUUGCACAAGCCAACAAGCUUUUACGGGACCUUAGACCCAAUAUUUUAUUGUCACAUAAACAGUACAGUGAACCACCAGCUAUGUGUCCAGCCACCCCCGGUGUAUGCGCCCUAGCUCUUGAGCCUGAGGCAAGAUACUUAACGUGUCGAAGACCAGAAGUAGUUCAGAUUCCAAUAAAACGCAAAAUCCAGAAGGUGGAGUUGGACCCCGCUCUAGCUGACGAUAUAAUCCCAGUCGAAUUGGAGUCUCGAAAGGGCGUCGCCGUAAGCUCAGUGACAGCAACGUUGAGUGUUAACAACAAUCAAUGCAUCUUAAAGAAACCGCCGAAUCUCUCGACGACGAUCAGUUAUCCGUAUGGCGAAUUAAAUGUGAAGUUGUUGACAAAUCGUUUAACGAAAGCUGGCUUUACCGACGUUAAGACUGAAGUCUCGGGUAAUGCGACGACAAUCCAUUUGGCCAAGGAGGGUGUGCUUAUCCGUCUCGAAGACCACUCCACCCAUAUACUUGACUCUGUUGAUACAACCGUUAGGAGUAAAGUGCAAAAAGCCGUUCUUGAGAGUCUCGAAAAAUUCUAAUAGCAGACUGAAAAGUUCUAAUACUGAGUGCGUACACAGAUAAAUAUUAAAAGCAAGACAAAGCAUACGAAUUCAUAAUACUUACGUAUGCUAAAAGGAUCGUACCAAAUCUGUCGCUUAGAUCGAUUGAAAACAGAUCUUAUCGGAUAGGUUCUUACCAACCAGGGGAAGUCAGUGAAUUUUAAUUAUUAGACUUCUAUGUUCCGAUUUCUACGCCUGAUUUCGCCGUUAGGCGUUCCAUGACACAGCUUCCAGCACGAAAUGAAGUGUAUGUCAAGGUUUGAACCCCUGAAUAAUUAGCAGGCAAAUACGUUUAUUAUAUAGACCUAACAAGGCUGAAGCACACGGCAGAAAAUCGUGUAAAAUCUAUAUAUGAAACGAAUUUAGAAUGCUUUGACGUGCGGUGAGAAUUCAAAAUGUGUAAUAAAGACUGCUUCAACUUACGUAAUUGAAU